AUGGCGGCGAGCGCGGAAUCCCAGUGCGAAAACCAUUAUGGGUCGAAUGUCGAUUUCAGACUGCUGGAGACCUAUGAUGUAGAACUUGAAGAAUGGGUCCCAAUUAACAGGGAACUCCGUCAUUAUGGGUUAGAUCCAGUGAUGAUCCUACACCCAAGUCAGAUACAUUGCAAUGCAGAAAUUGUCGUCCUGGACCACGAGGUCAGCAAACAGACGCGUCAGAACUUGCUCACGUUGAUGAAGGACUGCGAGAGACGCCAGGCUCUUGUUCAAGAUCUCAUUCUCAAUAACAAUCAGCUCAAGGAAGAUUUGAGGAAGCAGAAUGCCACAACGGAAAGACUUGAAACGAAGGCUCAGGACCUCAAGAUAAUGCUGGAGAGUGCUCAAUACAACGUCAAGGAGCUUGAAGAGGAAAAGCUGAUGACAGCUGUCCAUCUUGAUGAUGAGGAGGAGAGGCUGAGAAAUACGAAAAAUGCAGCGGUAUCUCGGAACAAGCAGCUGGACCGCCGCAGCAAGUUACAGGAGGAGGAGAUUGAGAGGCUAAAGGAGAAAGUCGAGAGGCUAAAUGAUGAGGAUGAGAAACGAGCGUACCGUCAACACCAAGUCUUCGAAAGUUUGAAAAAGAGGUCGGGACGCGGUGUCGGCUCUACGGACGAGAAACUUCUUGACAUCAUCGAUUCGUACGAGACGCAACUUCAUCGGUUGAGGAAGGAGGUGGAACUCCACCGCACCGAGGGGAGGCCAGAGCGUGGGCGACCGAGUCCUUCCAGUUCUCGAGAAGAAAUGUACGAGGCAUCGCCAAAUUAUAAGGCGCUAAUGAUGUCCUAUGAAAAACAGCUACACACUGCCAAGAGAACUUGUAAAGAUCUUGAAGACAGGAAUGAACUUCUCAAACUUGAACUUGAUUCUCGACCAAUGAUGAAAGAUUUCAGAGCUCUUCAGCAGAAGUGCAAAAAGUAUGAGAAGGUGUUGACAAAACACAAGAUCAGCGUUGGUGAGGAAAACAUCGGAGCAAAAGAUUACAUCAAGAACAAUCGUAAAUACAGCACAUUGGCCGAGGACAUCGACUAUCUUCCUCUUGAUCAAUGUCGCAAGCAUCUCAAGAAAAUCGCUGACCAGACACAAGUUGACGAUUUGAUUGACAUCGUGGGGAAACUUGACAAGGAUGAGAAAUCUUUAGUCGCACAGACGAGGCUAGAACAGUUUGCACGAGAUGUGUUGGACAUCGUGAAUUCCGACCAGGCCCCAGACACCCCGAACGACAUUCCACCUCCCGCCAAGAAAACCCAUGCCGUCUGGUGUGAGAAGACAUGGGCGCAUGUCAUCCCGACACUGGACUAUUGGUUGCAAGAGCUAUCAAGCGUCAAGGAGCUGAAGCAGUCCGUGAAGAGAUUGUCCAGCCAUAUAUCUCCAUGGCGGCAGAUGAAAUUCAGCAACGAGCCUGAUAUCGUCCAGUUGAUCUCUGUCAUCGACUCUCUAGCUGGUGACGAACUCAAACUGGACCAGGCACCAGAGGGCACCGCUAAUGCGGUACUCGGAGGCAUCGUACAGCACUUCCAGAACCUGUUCGACGUUCCCAAGAUCUCAGGCGUGUUCCCUCGCAUGAACGAAGUCUACACGAAACUCGGAGAAGUGCACAACAUCCUGAAUACUCUUCGGAAUCUACUUGGUCUAGAGCCAGACGCGAAAGCCAGCGCCAUCGUCGAUGCCGUUGGCCGCCUCUGCCAGUCGCACAAUUCGACCGCCGCGAGACAGCUCAAGCAGCUUCUACAGGAAGACGACCUCGAUGCCGUCUUGGCAAAGUUGGAUCUUCAUGACGAGUUCUUUCCGGUUUUCGAAGAGAUUAUGAACCGGUUGAUGGAGGUGCUUGAAGUGAGCCGAAUCGACCAGAUAAUUCCGGCUGUCAGGGCGCUGCAGCUGCUCACGUGUUGAGCCGAAUGAACUAAGUAAUUCCAGCUGUCCAGACACAACAGCUGCUCAUGUGUUAAGGAGAGACACUUCUAUAUGACUUGACUUUCAAAUGACUGAGUAAUUCCAGCUGUCUGGGCAGAACAGCUGCUCAUGUGUUCAGGAUAGACACUUCUAUAUGACGUGACUUUCAAAUGACUGAGUAAUUCCAGCUGUCUGGGCAGAACAGCUGCUCAUGUGUUCAGGAAAUACACUUCUAUAUGACUUGACUUGCAAAUGCUAUUGGUAAACACACAAUGUGGUCUUCACUGGAGAACGUGUCCUCAGUAGGGAGGUUUCGGCGAUGGGACAUUCCACUGUAAUGUGUUUUUUUGGAGUUGGCCAAUGCUGAUAACGUAUGCUUGGCUUUAUCAUGGCUCACAGAUAUCACCAACAGUAUUCCACUUACUGCCAAUUAAUCAUGACGGAACAUGUUAUUGUUAGAACAACCAGAAUUGUGUUUUAGCCCACGCUAUGUGUUUUAGACCCCUCUACGUACGUGUUUUAGACCCCACUAUGUGUUUAAGUCUAUGCUAUGUGUUUUAAAUUUUUUUUUUCUUUUAUUGGUGAGAUGCAGGCAUCGCUGAUUUGUAUACAUGUAGUAACUUUUAAAUCGCACAUUGAUUGUGUUGGGGGCGUUUUAUAUUUUUGUACGUAACUGGAUAAAUUUGUGACAGAUAUUGCAGCCACUUAACAGUACUUCAAUAACAUGGAGGUUUCAUUUCACCCACAAGAAGGGUACAUGUAAGUCACUGAGUUCGUCUCAUCGAUGAAACUUGGUUGUGGGUUUGCCAGUUUUAUUUCAACUAAAUCAAAAAUUGUGUUUUCUGGUAGUUCUUUGAGUUUGGCAAACCCACAUGCUAGGUUCCCCUCAAAGAUUGGUGUAGCUCUCUCUCCAGGGGGCAGGGGGGGGCUGAGUACUGGAAGUAGUAUUCAGUACUAGUUUGGGUGCAGCAUUCGCCAAGUGCUACAACAGUGACCAGUGUUGCCAGUUGUCUGGGAGCUCCAUGUAUGACUACUUUGCAACUAAUUGGAUGUGACAAUAAAGUGGUGGUACAAGUGAUUAGAAAAGGAAGGUUGUCCUUCAUGUUGUCUCUAUAGAUGAAGAGGAAACUAAUUGGAUGUGAAAAUAAAAUGGUGGUACAUACUUGUUAGAUGAA